AAGUAUAUUCAAGUACACGUAUAUUCCUUCACACUGCAUGCCUUUAUCAUCAAAAACAUGGUGUUUGUGACAUUUAAAUACAGUGAGGGCUUUGACUCGUGCUUGAUGAAAUAACUUUCCGGUUGAGAUAAAUUUGGUUGAAAAGUGAAAGUUUUUCAGAUGUCUUGAUUACGUAUCGACUGCAGUCAAACUGUUAAAGGUAAUCUAGAAGUCUACAAGACUUUUCAACCAAGUUUUGUGCUUAUUUUAUCUUGACCACCACCCAUCAGAUGGGCUCAGGUGACCCCUUCAUCAUAGCCCUUUAAUAGAUGUGCAUGGAGUUAGUAUAAUAAUGAUAAUAAACUUUAUUUAGACAGCACUUUUCAAAACAAAGAUACAUAAAAUCAGACAAUUAUUAAUAAUACAAAAAUAGAAUAGAAUAAAAUACCCAACAAUAAUAAUAAUGAAACAGACAAGUCAUGUUGGUGUGCUAGCAUUAAUGUUUUGAAAAGUGAUUUAAAAGAUGUCAUUGAUUCUGCAGAGAGAUCUAGCAUCUGAAGACUUUUAUUUAAACAGUUUUUCAUCUUGCCACGUGCAAUCCUGUGUUUUAUGGUUUAUUUCUUAUGAUUAUUGUACUGUUUUUUUUAAUCUUGUUGCUUAUGUGUUAUUGUUGUUUCUUUACUUUUCUAAGUCUUAUUUGUAAAUUUUUCUUUUUGCUAAUAUUUUGCUCUUAUAAAGCACUUUUGUGACCUUGAUCUGUGAAAUGUGCUACACUAAAUAAACUUUACUUACUAGAUAUAGAUUGAGAUAUAUCAAUAUAUAAAUAUAGAGAGCUAAAGUACAAGUAAACCAGCGCUUAACUAUGAAAUCUGAGUGGAUGGUUCAUGUUGUGAAGUGCAAUGAUCUUCUUCAUGAUAAUUACAGUCAUAAUUACAAUUACAGCCUUGAAAAUCUAAGCGCUAACAAUGUAUCGCUUUCAAAGAGGAACCAGCCACUGUGUUGAUCAUCUUCAUCAUUACUGUGUUUCCCAUGUAUCUGUGUCUUUGCCUGUCGGCGGUGUCCCAGGCUCAGGGACUCUGUGUGCCAGCUGGCAGUGCCUGGAGGUUCCUCGCGGCCCUCCACCCAGCCUGGCUGUCCAGUUUGUGGGCUCUGGGGCCUCGCUGUCAGGCAUGAGCGUGGAGCUGGUGGGAAGCCGCUACCGCAUGUCGCUGGUCAAGAAAAGAUUUGCCACAGGGAAGUACAUGGCAGGCUGUUCCUUGUGAAUCGUGUGAAGGACCACUGGCUGCAGGUUCAGGGAAGUCGGGGUUGGACGGAGGAGAGAUGAUGAUUCGUGGUAAAACAUUAAACCUGAGACGAGGCACCUUUACUCAGACUGACAGCUCAGCCGGGAAGGACGAUGUGCACUUACUUCUGACAGUGUCCUGCUGUUAUAGGACCAAGCCCUUUCUUUUUUCUUUUCUUCUAAAUUAAGUUGUGUGUAGUACACGCCCUCCUGCCUUUAGCAGGAGGGAAACUCUUUUUCUAUCUCCUCUGUUCGUACUGAGGCUGCAAACUGAGCUAGAUGUUUUCUUGAACUACAGAGUAAAGGAAAAAGAUGUGUGUGAAUAAAGUUAAGCAAAUUACUAUCUGAAACUGAGCUGCCAUGGAAACUAGGAUUUUUAAAUUAUGUAAAUACUGUAUGGAAGAGCAUCUUAAAGGAUCAAAUGAGUCACUUGUGAGCUAAGAUCUUCUACUAAACCUUAGGAAAAAAAUGUUUGUAAAUCUUCUGUUUGUUUCAAAUAGGUUUUGUGAUGUUGAUUAUUUGCUAAAAAUAAAUGUGCUCAAACCUU